ACCUAUCGAGGCAUUGUGGGAAGGCGGAAAAAGGCUCAAAAAGGGACGCGGAAUCGACGAGAGCACGUUGUACAGUCCAGAGUAAAACGACAAAGAAAACCCGUUCCGACACACAAUCAAGGCAAACCGGUGAAAAUGUCCAUUGGCGUACCCAUUAAAGUUCUGCAUGAAGCAGAGGGCCACAUCGUGACCUGUGAGACCAACACUGGAGAAGUGUACAGGGGCAAGCUGAUUGAGGCCGAGGACAAUAUGAACUGCCAGAUGUCCAAUAUCACUGUAACUUAUCGUGAUGGCCGGGUGGCACAGUUGGAGCAAGUCUACAUUCGUGGCAGCAAGAUCCGCUUCCUGAUCUUACCCGACAUGUUAAAGAAUGCCCCCAUGUUAAAGAGUAUGAAGAACAAGAACCAGGGAUCUGGCGCGGGAAGGGGAAAGGCAGCUAUUCUCAAAGCACAAGUGGCUGCAAGAGGCAGAGGCCGUGGUGGAAUGGGAAGAGGAAAUAUCUUCCAGAAGAGGCGAUAACUUCAUCUGUGUUAAGAUUGUUGCAUUGUAUAGUCUGAGGUUUUUUCUUUUUUAAUUGUUUUGUUUGGAUUGGCUAUCUUUGAUACUGGUUGAAGUCAUGUGAUUUGCAGUUUACUGCUUUGCUUUCAUUUUUUAUGAAAAUAAACAUUUCCAUUUGA